UGAUGCAUUUCUCUUCCAAAGGAAACCAUUCAAAAGUACAACCUCGCCGGGUUGUCCUGCCACCCUUCGUUCGAAAUAAUGCGCCUGCUAGCAUGAAAUAAAUUUUGUUUAUGGGUCAGCGAGACGCUUAAUUGGCUGCUGAGCCUUCCGGAGUAGAAAGUUUGACCGUCGGAACUGUUUUCAUUUCGCCAUGGCUUCGGUGUUGUAUGUCGGUUAGCGGGGCAAAGCUAACUCGCUUCAAGUCAGCUAGCUAGCCUUCUCCAGGACGAGCCUCCCGGUUCGACUUGUUGACUUUUCGCUUGUAAAUAUGCUCAAAGUGCACUAAAGCACUGUGGUUAAAUAUAUUUGAAAAUCCACCUACCCAAGCGUACCAUGACGCUGGCGCCGAAGGAGCUGUCCAACCUGCUGGGCAUCAUCUCGGAAGAGGCUUGCAGCAACACUUUCGAGGCGCUGUCCGCCCACUUCCACCACUUCUUCGGCAAGGCGGAGCACUUCCGCGCGGGCUCGGUACUCGUCAUGCUCCUGCAGCAGCCCGACCUGCUGCCCAGCUCGGCCCAGCGGCUCACUGCCCUCUAUCUGCUUUGGGAAAUGUACCGCACCGAGCCGCUAGCCGCAAACCCCUUCGCCGCCGUCUUCGCGCACCUGCUCAACCCAGAGCCCGAGAAGCUGCUCUCAGGCUUCCUGCCGCCCAUCACGCAGCCCGAGAAGUUCUUCCUGUCGCAGCUGAUGUUGGCGCCGCCUCGAGAUUUGUUCAAAAAGACACCCAGGCAGGUGUCGUGCAUGGACGUCAGCGGCACGCCGCAGACCGUCGAUAUUAGCGGCCUGCAGCUCGCCCUGGCCGAACGUCAAUCUGAACUUCCGACGCAGAGCAGAGCAGGCUUCCCCAGCGUACUCGAUGACCCCGACCCGGACUCGUCCAACUCGGGCUUCGACAGCUCCGUGGCCAAUCAGAUCAUCGAGUCGCUGGUCACCGGGCCGCGUCCGCCGCUAGAGAGUCACUUCCAUCCUGAGUUGAUACGCCCACUUCCUCCGCUGCACACAUGCGAGGAUGAGUUGGCGUGGCUUAAUCCCACCGAGCCGGACCACCGUGUGCACUGGGACCGUUCCAUGUGCGUCAAGAACAGCACAGGUCUGGAGGUCAAGCGCGUUAUGGCCAAGGCCUUCAAGAGCCCGCUGUCGGCGCAGCAGCAGUCGCAGUUGCUGUGCGAGUUAGAGAAGGAUCCAAAGCUGGUGUACCACAUCGGGCUGAGUCCGGCCAAGCUGCCCGACCUGGUUGAGAACAACCCGCUGGUGGCCAUCGAGAUGUUGCUCAAGCUCAUGCAGAGCAGCCAGAUCACUGAAUACUUCUCCGUGCUCGUCAACAUGGACAUGUCGCUGCACUCCAUGGAGGUCGUCAACAGAUUGACAACAGCUGUGGACUUGCCUCCGGAGUUCAUCCACCUUUAUAUUUCCAACUGCAUUUCUACCUGCGAACAGAUCAAAGACAAAUACAUGCAGAAUCGUUUGGUUCGUCUGGUGUGCGUCUUCCUGCAGUCUCUCAUCCGCAACAAGAUCAUCAACGUUCAGGACCUGUUCAUCGAGGUGCAGGCUUUCUGCAUAGAGUUUAGUCGGAUACGCGAGGCGGCGGGACUCUUCCGCCUCCUCAAGAGUCUCGACACCGGGGACGGAGCCCCCGACGCAAAGACUGCCAAAUGACUGCCAAUAGUUUUACGUCUUUCCCCAUUAUUUCAGAAAAAUAAAAAAAACAUUUUUUGAGGAAACUGAAAAAACUGACUUGACAUGUCCGUUGAUAAAUCAUCACUUUCAUUUAUUUUGAUUUAAAAAAAACAAAAAAAAAAUCAAGGUGUUAGUUCUUUGGUCCACCCAGCAUGUUUUGGGCCAAUAUGACAUCAGUGUGAUGACAUCAGUGAUGUCGCAUUAUGCUCGCUUGAUGGCACGCGCCAUCAGGCAGGCGAAGACGGUCAUCACCAUCUUGGGUUUCACCUCCAUCAAGUCCUCCGGAAGCGCGUACACGCGGGCGCCCACCUUCCUCGCUGUCGAGAUGGCGUACCUGAACGUCACAGAUCAUAACACAUAAUUAUGUGAGACGAGACGAGUCGCUAUUGGGAGUUCUAGACUGAAAACUGGUUCUAGUUAGAACUUUCCUGGUUCUGUUGUUUCUAGUUAGAACUUAGAGGGAAUAUAACGUCCAAAAAUAUGUUGCUCAAAAUCUAGGUGGAAAUUAGUGUUCAGUUUCAGAAACUAAAGUACCAAGGGCUAAAAAUUUUUAAGGAAAAAUAGAAUUUCCUAUGCUGAGAACUAA